AUGGGGAAUGGCGAAGGAGUGGCAAGGUUGGUGGUGUUGUGGUACAGGGCGACUAAGAUAGUUGUGAUGGAGUCCCAUCGAUGGAGAUGUCAAAAACGGGAGGCAAGAAGGGGAACCCAUUUGACGAUCGUCAUCAUUCCAAGUUUAGUCACAAGUGAAGAGCAAUUUCAUUUUGGGUUCGGGUCAAGUGCCAAGCUGUUGGAGAUGGCGGUUUACUGAACCUCCAAAUCCAAGAGUCGCAUCUCAUAGAAUCAACAAUAAUCAUCAAGAAAUUAGGAAGAAAAUCUCCUUUAAAUUUGAAUCGGAUAGCCUAUCGAUUUCGUAUACACAUCCAAUCAAUCCUACGUGUUCUUCCUCUGCUGCUUCGCCUUCUCCGUCUCCCCCCUCUAAUCUCUCUUUUUUAGUUUUCGAUCAUACAUUCAUAUGCACCCCGAUUUUGAUUUUUUUUGGAGUUUUUUUGUUGGUUGAACAGAUGCUAAGAGACAUCACCAUGAUCUUCUUCAUUUUCUAAUCAAGUAUCUCCAUCUCUUUUGCUCUAAAUCCUAAUCCCCACAUACUUUGUAAUUACCCAGGUGCCAAACUCAUCUUUUUAUUACUUUACUGUCUUUUGUUCUAUGAAGUCUUUUUGUGUGUAUAAUAAGUCACAUGUUUAACAAAGUUAAUGAUUUUACUCCAACCCUAACUAGACAGACAACUAUCUUUUGGAUUUUAGUUAUCGUAUGGAUUUCUAGAUGCCCCCUUACAGGAAACCGAAAAUGAAAUCACGAUUUGAGUGGUGAAGAUUUCAAGAAAAUGGCUUGGGAGUAUGCAAAUUUGAUGCGACUAGGCAGCUGAAGGUGUUGGUUCAGAUGAGGAAACACAUGCAUAUAGCAAAAGUGUUGUCGAAAAAUGGAACAUUAAGUAGAAAGUGAUACACUAAUACUUGGGAGUUGAAAGAAUUUAUAUUAACCCAACCCGAGGCAUACGAGAUUAAGAUUGGAGAUCAACUUUUUCGAAGACUAGGAGAUCCUUCGUUUGAUGAUGUUUUUGCCGAUGACUGCAACGAAAAACAUAAUAAUGAGAAAGGCUACAUCCAUCCCUCAAUCGAUGAACAAGACAAAGAUGAGUUAUAAUUAAUUACAAAGGGCGCCCCGUGGAAAAUUGGCC